AUGGCCCUCAGACUGUGGCCCUCAGACUGUGGCCCUCAGACUCUGGCCCUCAGACUCUGGCCCUCAGACUCUGGCCCUCAGACUGUGGCCCUCAGACUCUGCCCCUCAGACUGUGGCCCUCAGACUGUGGCCCUCAGACUGUGGCCCUCAGACUGUGGCCCUCAGACUCUGGCCCUCAGACUCUGCCCCUCAGACUGUGGCCCUCAGACUGUGGCCCUCAGACUGUGGCCCUCAGACUCUGCCCCUCAGACUGUGGCCCUCAGACUGUGGCCCUCAGACUCUGUCCCUUAG